UCAUGGAUGCUGUCCAUCUUGCUGGAUGUUUCCAGUAUGUUCUCUCUUUCAUUGACAUUUCCUUCAGCGACACAGCCAGUGCAUCACGGCUGUAGCUUGCUCGAGCUCUCGCUCUGCUCCCUCUGGCGACCCAGACGGUGCAGCGAGCUCGGGGUGGGAGGGUUCCUGGAGCAGCAGAAUCAAAGGUCUUAGAGCGGAGCUGGUGCUAUUCAUUUCUGUGCCCCUUCCUGAACGAUGUGAGCGUACACACGUUUACUCCUGCUUUUGUGCUUUUCAUUCUCUCAGCCACUCCCACCUCACGACAUUUUUAAUAGCAUUAAAAUUAAGAGCAGCCUCCAGGAAAACAAAUAGUGUUUCAGUUAGUGGGCAACUGGCUGGACCGUGCUUCGAGUUUAUGUUUUGACUGUUAGUUGUAAGGAGAGAAAUCGAGGCAGAAUUUAGUGCACUAAAGUGUGUCCUUUCCCUGAGUUCGACCCACUGUAUUGGUUUUGAGGAGAUGGGCGUGAAGAUGCACAGCACGCAGUGUCUGAGAGCGGCGGUGUUGCUUUGCUUGCUCGGGGUCACUAUAGAGUCCCGGCUCAACUGUGAUGAGGUGAAGAAAGUUUUCCAACUUCGUCAAAUCGGACCAUCCAUGUGGCUGCCGGAGACUCCCAGAUCUGGGUCUUGUGUUCAGGUGUGCACAUCGAAGAACACAACAUGCUGCACAAGAAAAAUGGAAGAACAAUACCAGUCAGCAGCUCAUCAAGAUAUUCAAAAAUUGCUUCAAAUGUCCAGCUCAGCAUUGAAAAUUUUAAUUUCACAGAACGCAGCUGCUUUUCAAGAGGCAUUCCAGAAUAUAAUUUGCCAAGCUGAGAACAACAUAAAGAUGCUGAUAAGAACUGCAUACCGAAGCAUGGCCUUUCAGACAACUGCACCAAUUCAAGAACUCUUUGCCAAUGCUGCACUCUUCAUUUUUGGCUCGGAGAUAAAUGUUGAUGAAUUUGUUAGCAGAUUUUUUGACAGUCUCUUUCCAUUGGUCUAUAAACAUCUAAUCAAUCCUAGCCUUACAGACAUCUCUCUGGACUUCACAAUGUGCAUACGAAAGUCAAGGAAAAACCUAAACCCAUUUGGCUAUCUUCCAAAGUUAAUAACAAGUCAAAUGUCAAAAUCUCUAAUGGCUGGGCACAUGUUCCUGCAGGCCCUGAAUUUAGGAAUUGAAAUAAUUAACACAACGGAUCACUUACAGUAUACCAAAGAGUGUAGCAGAGCUUUGCUGAAGAUGCAAUACUGUUCUCAUUGCCAAGGCUGGACUAAUCAUAAACCAUGCACGGGAUAUUGCCUGAAUGUGAUUAGAGGAUGCCUUGCUAAUAUGGCAGAAAUUGAUCCACAUUGGAGGGAAUACAUCAGAUCACUUGAGGAAAUGUCAACUGGAAUACUGACAACCUAUGAUAUAGAACAAGUUUUGCUGAAUCUCCAUUCAUUACUGAAUGAUGCAAUUAUGAAUGCACAAAUUAAUGGUCCAGAAUUGUCAGCAAUGGUAACUAGAGUUUGUGGACACACCGUUAGAAAACCUUUGCAGUCUUUAGAUUACCAACCAGAUCUUAACAAUGAUAAACAUGGGCUGAAAAUCAUUUGCAAAGAAAAUGAGGAACCAUUAUCCAGCAGGCGAAAGGAAUUUAUCAGUAGUCUGCGGUUAUAUAGGACUUUGUAUGGUGGACUGGCUGAUCAGCUGUGUGUCAAUGAUUUAGCAGCUUCUGAUGGAUUAAAAUGUUGGAAUGGAGAAGAUGUCGUAAAGAGUUACACACGACAAGUAGUUGGCAAUGGUAUCAAAGCCCAGUCAAAUAACCCCGAAGUAAAUGUUAAAGGAACUGAUCCAGUCAUAAAUCAGAUCAUUGAUAAACUGAAGCACAUCAAUCAGCUGCUACAAGGAAAAGUGAUCCCUGUGUACGAGAAGUGGCGACUGACAGAAAAGGGCAGCGGACAAAUGGAUAGUGAUGAUGUCCAGAUCAGCGGAGACUGUGAUGAUGAGGACGGCUGCAUUGGCUCAGGAAACGCAGCAGUAAAAACAGCUUUCAAGCACUCUGAAUGGCUGGCUGACAAGAAAAAUAGACAUGGCAUCACUCUGGAUGAUGCCGAUACAACCUCUUGGACAAACAAACCUGGAGCAGGAGCCAUGCUGUCAUGUGGAAAUUUGCAAGUUGCUCUGAUCACUUCAGCCAUUUUAAUCCUUUUUUGGUAACUUAAUUGCACUCCAAUUCUGCCGUAUACCUUAUAGCUCACUUCUAGCUCAAUUCUAGAACCAUAGUAACACAAAAUAAUGUAACAGUUUAUACAGUCACAGAGUCAUACAGUGUGAAAACAGGCUCUUUGGCCCAACUUGCCCACACCGGCCAACAUGUC